AAUCUACCAGGAUGUUAAACUAAACAAUCUACCAGACGAGUUGACAAGUAAUAAUGGUGAAGCUGUAGUUGCUCUAUGAAAGGAAAAAUAUGGAUCAGAAUCGAAAACACACAAACAUUGAAAAAAAGAAAAACGACAUUAUACUACUUCCAAUCACAAAACCGGUGACAAAACCAAAUCUAAAGCGAAGUGAUAUAUACCAGAAGAAAAUUGAAGAAUAUAAAAAAAACGAAAACAAAUCGUGGACUCCAAAUAACACCAUUCUCAUCUAUGCUGCCAAAAAUGAUAAGCGUGAAGACCUUGAAUACUUACAGUCUGAAGGAAAAUUGGAAGGUGCCGUAAAUACUCUUCUCAAAAAAGCACUGCUCCAUGGUCAUGAAGAACUGGGGAAGUGGUUCCUUCACAUAGGAGCAAAUUUAGAAAACAUGUCCAAGAAUGUCCCGUUACUGCAUUUUGCUGCGAGCAAAGGAUAUUCUGAUUUCCUAAAAGUGUUAUUGGAAAAACACUCUCUAGACACCAAUGCUAAAGAUGAAAAUCACGAAACGGCCUUGCACUUGGCAAUAAGAAAUGGUAAUCCCGAAAUUUGUAGAUUGCUCUUACAUUCUGGUGCCAGGACGGAUAUCUCUGAUCGAGACGGUUUGCAACCAUUGCAUCGUGCAGCCCAGGUCAAAAACAUCGCUAAAAUGAUUGAUCUUUUGUUGGAAUUCAACGCUGAUAUAGAGGCUAUCGAUGAGCACAGUAAAUGUCCAUUGGAAUAUGCGUUUGAGAGAUCUUUUAACAAACAUGUAGCUGUUUGUCAUCUGAUCAAACAAGGUGCAAAAGUAGGAAAAACGUUUGUAUCGCAGGGAUCAUUCUUCGGUAAGAAUGCAGUCCAGGUAGGACAUACGCUUGGAAUGACAACAACUAUUUUGCGUGCAGUGCGAUACAGGAGUUCUGAAGUAAACAAAAAGGAUUUGUUUGUUCUUGACUGUGUGAACUUGACUGGUGAUAUCGGAGCACUCGUCGAUCUUCUGCUGGAGGACGGAAACAUCUUGAGUUUGUGUGACCUUAACACAGAUGACACUACCAAACGACUGCUAAGUUAUGUUGAGAUGACACGGAGUCAUCGUCUUUACCAAUGCAUGAAAGAAAGAGGUCUUUUAGUGGCCAAAACUCCACCGGAUGUACGUAAAGGAGACAAUAUCAACACACUGACGGAAUCGCUUCAAGACAGUAAUAUAAUGACGGAUGAUGCAAGAGAUACGCCUGUCCUAUCGCAUGAACAAAGACUAUUAGGAGAACAAAUGAUGGUUCUUCACUUUGAAGCAGUGGAUGAGGAUGAAUUCAUUUUAACAAGGGGAAAGGGCGGUUCCCCAAGCAAACUGAUGAAAGACGCUAAUUCAGCAGAACUGGUUGUUGUCGUAUCUCCGUCCAAAGACGAACAGUCUAUUCAGAAAGUGGUUGCUCUUGCUGCACAACAUCAGGUACAUCGAGCUCGUGGUGUCUUUGAGAAGGACUCUCUAACAUUCAAGCACAUCCAAACAAGCGAUUUCCUGGCAGAUUCAGAAUUUCAACACGGAAUUCCGUCGGAUCUUCAAUAUUCAGUACUUGUUUCUGAGAACAAAACUGUUAACCUCCUGGAAAAGAAACUCAAACUAACCAGGGGGAAGUCACCCUACGAUACGCCUGUCCUAUCGCAUGAACAAAGACAAUUAGGAGAACAGAUGAUGGUUCUUCACUUUGAAGCAGUGGAUGAUGAUGAAUUCAUUUUAUCAAGGGGAAAGGGCGGUUCCCCAAGCAAACUGAUGAAAGACGCUAAUUCAGCAGAACUGGUUGUUGUCGUAUCUCCGUCCAAAGACGAACAGUCUAUUCAGAAAGUGGUUGCUCUUGCUGCACAACAUCAGGUACAUCGAGCUCGUGGUGUCUUUGAGAAGGACUCUCUAACAUUCAAGCACAUCCAAACAAGCGAUUUCCUGGCAGAUUCAGAAUUUCAACACGGAAUUCCGUCGGAUCUUCAAUAUUCAGUACUUGUUUCUGAGAACAAAACUGUUAACCUCCUGGAAAAGAAACUCAAACUAACCAGGGGGAAGUCACCCUACGAUCUGCAUUCCCUGCAUCAUUGUGUUCUUCACAACGAGGUCGAUGAGUUACAGAAUAUGCUACACAGCGGUAAGACAAUUGACGUAAAUGUCAAGGAUGAAGCAGGAUGGACAGCAUUAAAUCUUGCAAUUCUCUUGGGAGAAAAACAAAUGGUUGAAAUGCUUCUUGACGGCGGAGCUAUUGUAACAUUGGAUAUGGCGCAGUAUCUACCAGCUUGUUUCUGUGGAGAUUGGGACAGAAAUGCCGUUGUGGAAUUAUCACCCCUUAUUCUUUCUGUGCGCCUCAACCUCACGCAAAUUCUACAGUUACUGAGUGAAAAGAACUCUGGUCAUCCGUCCAUUGAUCUCUGUAUUAAACUCUCAUAUGGAUUGAAAGUUGAAUCAGUGUUGUUGGAAUCCGUUUGUAAAACAGCUGAACGAAAGCAUCAGGCUAUAGGCGUCGCUCGAUUUAGGCCCACCUACACAGCCCGUACGAGUCGGCCCAUUCAAAGGGUUUGCCUUGGAUUUUCGGACGAUGUGAGUUACAAAGAAGAGAAAGGUGAUAUUCAUGGCGUGCAGAUUGUUGUUAUGAACAAGGACAUUUCCCCGGAGAGCGACUGGACAGAAGACACCGAAAUGACAGAAGACGAAGAAGUCGUUUCCAAGGCAAUCAUUGACUUAUGGGCUGAUCAUCUAUGGGAGCAACAUUCUAAUUUGAAUGCCAUCACUGCUGGUAGCUUAGUUAGGAUGAAAAGCCAAGAAAUGAAACCCAAGGGACACAUCAUUUUACACUGCUCACACAAAGAAUACAUUCCGCUUGAAAGCGAAAGAUUCCCAACCGAAUUGACAUGUGAAAAAGGAGCAAUGCCUGUUGCGGUGCUUGAGGGAGAAUUCAGACUAGGGCCUAUAAUUAACCCGCUGGCUUCUGGUUCUAUUAGCGGUAUAGAGAAAGCUGCAGCAGGAAGAGAUGAACCAGAUCAAUCCGAGAACGUCAACAGGUCUAAUUUAACAAAAGACGGCAGGAAAUAUCCGAUGAAAACAACAGAACAUAUUCCGUUGAAAAUAGGAAUGAAUUUAUGUCAGUCCGAUUCUUCUAACGAAAGCCCAUAUGAAGGAACAUUGGGAAUAUUCGUUGAAAUGGGCAACAAUAAAACGGGAUUUGUAACUUGUGCUCAUUUGUUCUACAAGGAUAAGAUUAAUAAAGGAGAGCAUCCAAUAUAUUUUCCCUGUCCACAACAAUUGAGCGGUGAUUACGUCAUUGCUCCAUUAGAUGCCUUCGAGGAAGAGGAAAUAAGGCAGGUAGAAAAAAUGGAUGUCGAGGAUGAGCCUGUUAAUGAAUGCUGCCGUAAUGUAACACAUAAUGUCUACUGGGAAUGUGGAAAGGUAGUUCGAGCUGUGUUUGACUCCGCUCUAGACGUUGGCAUAGAUGCAGCACUAAUAGAAAUCGAUCCAAUCAGAGUGCCACGUGACGGCUCUUUUGAUUACAUCAAGGGUACCCAUCUUCGACAUGCAGGCUUCAACUGGAGAGAUCCACCAAGAUUUAUUUCGGGGAAACAGGCAGAUUCUGAAUACCUUCGCAUGCUUGAACGGCCAAUAAGGUGCAUGAAGCUAGGCGCAAGUUCCGGACUGUCUGUUGGUAUUCUGACAUGUAAUGGCCAGGUCAAGAUGUCCGAUUCUGAUCCUCUAGGGAUUGAAAGAGAUUCUAUUAAGAAAUAUAUUCUCAAGAAUCAGUUCGUAAUUAGUGAAUACAGCAAAAAGCAAUUUUUUGAACUCGGUGACUCUGGAUCGGCAGUUUUUGUCAUGAAGGGAGGCAGAGGACAUUAUUAUCCAGAUGCUUGUCUAGGAAUCGCGAUCGGGUUCCUCAACAACAAAACUUUUGUUACUCCCAUUGAAAGUGUUCUCAAGACACUGGGAUCAGACAUUGCACCAAAACUCACUCUGAAAAAGUUUUAAUCAAUAAUUUAAAAUUUAUGUUACUGUGAUACUUAUCAAGAAUGUUUAUGUGUGCAUCUACAUCUGAUCACAAUUUAUCACUAUACCUCGACAAAAGUUGUUUACAUAUGUAUUUUAAUUAAUUUAAUUAUCAAUUCUAUAUCAUUUUAGCAUUACAGUCACAUUGUGAGACUUUUCUCAAGGUUGUAAGAUCAACAAGAAUUGUCAAAUGUUUUUUUUUUUUUAGAAUUCGAUGACAUUUUGAUGGACUGAAAUUUAAGUUUCUAAUUUGAUGUAUGAUAUGUAUAUUUUUUAUAGUUCAUUAGUAUACGGGUUGUGAACAUAACAGAGACUACGAGCAUGAUAACAAAGCCCUAAUUUGUAUUCAAAGUAAUAAGAACUAGAGCAAAAACGAACAAAACCUAUUGAUUUGUAUGGAUAUCCUUGAAAAAGUACACGCAUAAUAUGACAAGAUGCUUCGGGACGAUAAGUGUCAUCAUCUUCAUCAAGGUUAUCCGCUAUGGGUAUCUCAUUAACAAAAUGUGAUGAUAAUGGAACUAGCAGGCAUGGCAACAACUAUCGAACACGUCUGAUAUCGCAUAAUGAAAUAGAAUAUUUCCAAUUUGAACGGCCAUGAUCAAUUUCAAUCUUUUUAGACCUUUCUUGUUUAUUUAACGUCAAUAGUCACUAAAUAAAGUCGACCCUAUAUAAUAUUACUUGAUUGUAAUUUUAACAAAUAUUACAUGUAUCUAAAUUAUGUUGUAGUCAGCAUUUUACCCUACUUCAAUUUAUUGUUAUUAAUGUGUUUAACCAUUUGCGAUGCAUACAAAUAAUGAACCGUGAAUGAUUAGUUAUCAUUACAGUGAUAGUCGUAGUGGACCUCCUUACAUAACAAUAAGUUGCGUGAAGGGGUCAGCCUAACAAAAUCGUAAAUAAUGUUCACAUGCUUAUGUGGAUUCGAAAAUAAAUUAUAAUAAUUGUCAUUGUUUCAAUUUACAAUUAUCUCUAUGCAUGUAUCUUUAUACAUUUAAUUAUAAAAAGACAUGAAAAAUUUGUACAAAUUUAAAAUGUGUACAGUAUUGUCAACUUGAAUUAAUAUAGCCGUAAUCACAGUCUAUAUUUCAUUCUUUUUAAAAAAAACUUUCAAUUUAUAUAUACAUGUACUUUCUAAAGAAUCAAUUUGAAAAAAAUUAAAACCGUUAAAUUACUUUUUAAGCAUGUCAAACAAGUCCGAUGACACUUUCCUGUAAUCAUAAAUAUGUUAUUAUCAUUGAUUUUGUUUUAAAUAUCGAUUUAGUUUAUAUUUUUCUUUAUUAUAAAACAUCUGCAUUAUCGUAUCCAUGAAUUUUAGUUAUAUACAACAGUAAUAACUCACAAAUAUGCAUUCGGUCGAAUAAUCUAUCCUCCGAAGCACUACUUAAGGUUGAGAUGAUGUUAUGAUAAACAUUGAUGGUAAUAUACAUAUAGAUAUUUAAAUUGUCUGUACAUUAUGUAGGUUGUUGAAAUCAAACAGAAUAAUAAUUCAUUGUUACAUUAUUGUAUAUAAUGAUUUAAAUCUAAAGCCUUAUCUGUUUUGUUCAGAUUGUUACUGAAUUUGAAAAAAAAUGUAGACCAUUGCUUAAAGUGAAAACGCAUUAAUUGCAAUAUUUUUGUAUUAAAGUAUGACGUUUUUUCAACUCAAAUAUCACUAAACACAAAAUCAUUAUCAUAUGUAUCUGUAGUUAUCAUAUUCCAUACACAAAAUGAUCCAUAUAAGAGUAAAUGAAGCGACAUGAUCCAUAUAAACAAACCAUAGCAAAAUAGCAAAUGACAAAAUCGAAGUCUUUGCACUGCCCUAAAUCAACUUAUUCUAUACAGAAUGUAUAUUCUAUCCUUAUCACAGUGUUGUUACUAAUAGUGAUAUCCGUGAACUCACGCAUGAAAUUCAACUUAUAGCACUUUUAAAUUUAUCUAAAGGAACAUUCACAGUUUUACCAGGAAUUAUCAACUUGAUUAUAUAUUUUAUCAUGGAUAGGUGAAAUUAUUGUCACGUGAUUCCUAGUAAAAGGAACAAGACAUUAAGCGUACAGUGAUUUCAAACAGAAGGGUACAUUGAAAAGAAAAAGAAAAAAAAACUGACAGAAAAGCUGGUCAUAUUUUUUUAUGAUAAACUGUUAUAACUGUUUGAUUGCAGUCAGUGCAUGACUUUGUUUCCCUAAGAAAACAUCGUCCUCGACUGAAUGCAUGAACAGAUUAUGAAUACGUUAUUCCGUCCUUGGUCGAUAUUUUUUCUCGCGUUAAUAAAACCAUGGAUCGACCUCAUCAAAAAGCUGUUGUUGUACACUAUUAUCACUAGUAAUGCAUUGUACUUAUAUAUAUACAUCAUGCAAUAUUAUCCUGUUUGUGAACAUCAUCUUUAUCAAAGGAAAAUGAAAUCAAAAUUCCAUUUCAAUGCUUUGGUCGAGAAUGGCAUAAUGCCGAUAUUUUAUGCAUGCCACUUUUUUAUGUAAAUUGUUAUUUUGUGAUUGUAUUGCUAACGUGAGGGAAACAACAUUACUGAACUACAUUUAAUGUAUGUAGUGGUAAUGAGAAAUAAGAUACUUAUCUUUUUGGUGAAUACUGUCUACCAAUUUAGAGAUCAGGAAAUAUCUUACAGCAUGUCAGUGAUCGGAUCCGUAAGUUUUUUUUUACUUUUACGGUAAAUUGUGUAUCGCGUUUAAAUAUCGGAAUGAAAUCACAGUUCGAAGUUACAAACAAUAAUACAUUAACAUGAAUAUUUUAACUCAUUUGUACCAAUUUCUAGUUCAAACUAGAUUUGUACAGAUAUUUUGUUACAUGUUAAGAACGUUAUAGAUUAAAACGUUACUGACUUCAUUUUUGGCUGAAAUAUUUCUCCCGACUUCAAUUACAAAGUCAUAUUGAUUGACGGAACAAAGAAACUUUCUAAAAUCUGGUAGGGCACUGAAUUACUUCCUUUUGGCUUUGACUGAUCACAUCCAAUGUCCUGAACGCAAUUUGCAGGAUGUUUUGUUUUUAAUUUUUUAUUGCUAUUUUUUUGAUUUUGUUUUCUUAUUUAUUUAUUUAUUUAAAGUUAAUGUUUCACGACAACUUUGGAACUAAGUAAUUCCAACCGAUAUUAAUCAUACUAGUUUGUCCGGGAAGACCCACGUAAUCGGGCGGAUAAAUUCCUACCUUUUUACUUCCCUGUCGCCUAGAUUAAAGUUAAUACCAACAGACCACACAUUCCAAACUAGACAAUAAAUAAUAACCACUUGAAAUGCAAUUAUAUUGAUUAGGAACAAGUCAAAUGAUUGCAUAUAUAAUGCAUAAUUUUACGGUUUUAAUUUAAGUGACUUUUUACAAAUAUGAUUAAAUAUUUUCAGACGUUUAAUAUAUUAGCACUUUAAGUUCGACUGUUACACUAUUUUUUCUUUAAUGGGAUUUUGUUGAGGAAAUAAAAUAAAAUGCGUUGUUACUCUAUAUACAAUACAUUGUGUGCUGUUUUCAUUAUAUCAACGACAUAACCAAUCGACGAUUAAGAAAGUAGACUGAAAAAUAUUUGAAUAUAUGUUCUGAUUCAGGGUUUGAAAAACUAGUAUGCCUUGUAUUUGUAUGGACAAGCCUAUAAUAUCAAUAUUGAUAACAUCCUGAUUGUAAGAUCGUUAUUAAAACAUUACAACAGUUAAAUAUAAAUAAUGAACUUGAAAAAAUAGUCCCCGCUUCAUUUCCUUUGCGUUUUCUUCUCCAUCUAUACUCAUACAAUUAUUCUAAUUUAACACGAAUUACUGAACAUUAGUAUUUGAGCUUAUUUGAAGGUUUUUUGUUAAGUUGUUUAUUGUUUUUUUUUGUUUUUUUUUGUUUUUUGCUUGUUUUUUGUUUUGUUUUUCAAAUCACCCUAGUUUAAAUACAUGUAUAUGAUAACGUGCACAUGGGGUAUGUAGAUAGUUAAUGCUAUUCAUAGACGCCACGCAUGUGGGUUAAUGUUGUAUAUAUAAUUAAAAAGAACUAAAAUCGU